UCGCGAGUGUGUUCGUUUUGCACACCAGUGAAUCCCGCAAUUGCUUCCUCCAUUUGUGGACUUGGAAAAACUAUUUGUCAAUGUAUAUUUAAAGGGAAGCAAACAAGACCUAAAAAAAAAAAAAAAGCAUCUGUGGACUUUCACCUUUGGAACAGUGACAAUGCAAAGACUGCAGGUUUUGAAGGAGGCUUUCUUUGGCUUGGAUGCUGCCCAGCAGCAGCAGCUUCUGAUAGGAUCAGCUGUGGCAGCAGGGGGAGCACUGGCAUACAUGGUGCACAGGAGAAGACAAGUCAAAAGUAUUCCUCUGGGUGAGGGAUGGUGGGGUGCAGGGGAGAAGCCACUGUCAGAGGAUGAGAACAUCUAUCCCUUUAAAGUACAAACCUCGGAUGAAGAGAUUAGGGACCUUCAUGAGCGAAUUGACAGAACCCGCUACACUGAUCCUUUAGAAGAUAGCGGCUUUCAGUAUGGAUUCAACUGCACUUAUCUCAAGAAAGUGGUUUCCUAUUGGAGACAUGAAUUUGACUGGAAAAAGCAGGUGGAAGUGCUUAACAAGUAUCCACACUUCAAAACUAAAAUUGAAGGACUGGACGUGCAUUUCAUCCAUGUGCGGCCACCACAUCGUGAGAACCAGAAGGUUCUGCCUCUUAUGCUUGUUCACGGCUGGCCUGGCUCCUUCUUUGAGUUCUACAAGAUUCUGCCACUUCUCACAGAGAACCAGAGUGGUCUUGUGUUCGAGGUCAUAUGCCCAUCUAUACCUGGCUACGGUUUCUCAGAAGCCCCUCAUAAACAAGGAUUUGACAGUCUUGCCGCUGCCAGAAUUUUCCUGACACUGAUGGAGCGUUUAGGAUUUUCCCAGUUCUAUCUGCAGGGAGGAGACUGGGGCUCCCUCAUCACCACCAACAUGGCACAGAUGAAGCCUCAGUGCGUGAAAGGUCUCCACUUAAACAUGUUUACAUCAAAAAAUGGGCUCAAUGUUCUGUUGUCCCUCCUGAUUGGUCCUUAUCUGCCCUUCUUGGUGGGCUUCAGUCGGGAAGAUGUCCGCCGGCUGUUCCCUUACUUUGAGAAGAAUGUCUGGGAGAUCUUGAGGGAAACAGGCUACUUUCACAUUCAGGCCACUAAACCUGACACUGCAGGGUGUGGAGUGAAUGACUCCCCUGUAGGCUUGGCUGCCUACAUUCUAGAGAAGUUCUCCUCCUGGACUGAUCUGAAGAACAGAGACCUGGUGGAUGGUGGGCUGGAGAGAAAAUUCAGCCUGAACGACCUCUUGACAAACGUCAUGAUCUACUGGACCACAGGGUCCAUUGUCUCCUCCAUGCGCUUCUACAAAGAGAACUUAAAGGGUAAUCCUAAUAAAAGAGUGGAUUCAAGGACAGCGAUAUUUGUGCCUACUGGACUGGCUGCCUUCCCAGGGGAGCUGAUGCACUGCCCUCAAUCAUGGGCACAAAUUCGCUAUAAAAACAUCUACUCCUACACUUUCAUGCCUCGAGGUGGUCACUUUGCUGCCUUUGAGGAGCCCCAGCUGCUGGCCGACGAUCUUGUCCAGUUUGUUAAAAAGGUGGAGAAGUUGUGA